AAUCCCCAAAAAACCAAUAAGUUUUUUAGCAUAUGAUUUAUCUCCCCACUUCUGAUAACCCCCCAAUGUCUGAUCCAUCUCCUCUGGCCUUCAACCUUAUAAGCUCUUUGAUCGAUACUCUGCCACUCGCAUGCUAAUCAAAGGUCCAUGGCAAGCCGGAUGAUUGCGAACUGUGACUUAGCUCCGCCGCGGAAUGUGUUUUCCGGCGCGGCGGCGUCACUGGAGGGUGGAAGAGGUUGGGAAAAUGAGGAGGUAGACAUCCUGCUCGAGGCUCUAAGGUUGUCCCAGACUCGGGCAAGAGUGGCAGAGAGGAGAUACCAACUCAUAUGCAAGGAAAGAGAUUCUCUCUCGAAUCUGCUCCUGGAAGAUUCUCUGCGGUUGCUUGCUUGCCAGAACUCGAUCAGGUUGCUUGAGCUUCAAGCUUCACAGAUGGAAGAUGAGCAGAACAAGUACAAGACUGCAGAUAAUAGUGUCUCUGCCUUAACAUGGUUCAUGGCAAAGGCUCUUUGUGUGGGAAUAGCUGGGGUCACCCUUGCAUUUGGUUCCAUUUUCUUCUUUUUGACUUAGACUUAUACUUGAGUUUCAGUUCAUUAUUAUAGGCCCAUAUAUUUAGAAAACCAACUAAGUUGAUCUUCAACUUUCUUGAUUAGCAGUUAAUUUGAUUAUCCAUCUUGUAUUAACCGCUCUAUUUAAGUUCUUAAAUUAUUAAUCUUUACCUUUAACUUUACAAUGAAAUCCUAAGAUUUGAUGUGAAA